AUGGCGGCAACACACGCCACGUCCGGCGCCAUCUUCAACGUUGCCGACGCUCUCAUCCGCUCCGUCCAAUCACGCCACAGCACCCGCCAAAUUCCACUUCGCUGCGAGAAGGACCCCGUAUCCUACAGGAGGAAGAUCAUCGCCUUCACAACGAUGUGCCUUGAGGGUACGUUUCCGGCACCAUCAGCAUCGCUACAGUAUCCCACCUUUUCUCUGAAUUACAUGCCUGACGUCAGUCUCGGGAGCUGGGAGCCGCAUAAAAACCCUCUCGAUUGCGCGAGAACGACACUUUCCGAGUUUCGUGAUCAGAUGUUGUCACCAGAGGAACGCCGCGUGGCGAAGCCGGCUGAGAUCCGCAAGGCAAUGCAAGGCGAACUUUCCGACAUGCGCGGCAUCUGGACCGAUGUGAUUCUUAACAACUUUGAGCGAGAGAUUGUGGAGCGCCCUGACGACUUUGAAGAGAAAAUCGACGAGGAAGCAGUCAAAGAGGGAGAAACUACCAAAGAGAAGGAGCUUUAUCCCAACAUGUCUGUCUUUGAGGAGAGUGACGACGAGGAGGACGAUGACGAAGACGACGAGGUGGGUGGCGAGACAGUUGGAAAGGUUACCAAUGUGGUAGAGAUCGUCAAGCUCGAAGAGGCUGUCGAGGUCGAGAUGGUCGAGAUCAAACGGGUCACCCAAAUGGAGAUUGUCGAGGUCAAGAAGGGCCGUGUUAAGACUAUUAACAUGAACAAGGCCGGGGCUGCCAUCGAUAAUCGUAUCGUCAAGGCGUCCACACUGCCGAGGCAAAAUUCCCAGUGGAACUCUAUCCAAGCGCGUCUCGAGCAAGCCGCGGAUAAGAUGCGGCAAUUGGCGAGCGCAAAGGAUGACUCCGUUCGAGACAACGUACUCUCAUCCCGGCCGGUGGUUCUUAAGGUUCUUAAAGUCAUUGGCAGCAAGCCACCACCUCGGCCUCAUUGGGUUCAUGCGAGUGUGCUCGCUGGAGUCGGUUUGGAACAGUACCAGAACUGCAACUGCGGCUCAUCACUGGAGCAGUGUGCCGGUUGUCAACCAGACGAGGUGCAGGUGCCAGUGAAGGAAGUCCUUAUCUAG